AUGGCUUCAGAGAUGUCGUCCGAGGUCUGUCGCUUCUUAUCCACCGAGUGCUCCUGCACCGUUCUGGAAAAGUCCAAAGACUCCAUCGAGCAGCAGUACAUGCGCCUACUUGAGCUACGCUGCUCUCAGCUCCAAUCCGAACUUGAUAAGGAGCGCAGCAAAGCAAAUACAAAUGGCGACAGUACCAACGUCACUACAUCCAGAGCACAAGGAGAAAGUUCUGAUAAAGAAGACCUCACGUCAGCGGCGGAUGUGCCUUCAGAGAAGCUGGCGAAUGACGACAAAAGGGGCGGUUCGAGCGAAGCGCCUUCUGACGACAAGGAUGACAAAGGUGACCACGGUGAGAAAAGUGAGAAUUCAGGCGAAGAGAACAAGAAGGAUGAGGCCGAGAAGGAGAAAUCAAGCCCUCCUGCCCGAGUUCGAUUGGUAGAACGAAAGUACGAGGACGAGUACGAAUUCGAGUACGAGGACAAGGACAUCGAUAUAGACCAGAUCGUUGCCUACGAGAUCGAGGACGACAAGUUGACCGCCGAAGAGCCGUCGGUCGUUUCCACAAUCUUUCGACGUGUCAUGAAGAGCGACAACCCCAAGCGCCUCUCUCAUGAACAGAUCGUGAUUGAUUCACCGGCGCUGAAAAAAAUCUACCGCGACAUUGCCACUGAUACCGUGAGCAAUGACGAAAGAGUUACUGAUUUAAAGUCUCCUUUGAUUCUUACGGAGCCCUUCACGCAAUUUGCGUGGCACUGGAUGAAAUUCUCGAAUGCGUGCAAAACACAACCUGGUGAUAGUGAGGAGACAAGUCACGCAAGGCAAGACCUUGAAAAGCUCAUGGCCAUGCUCAAAAGGUCUCGGCUGGAACCGUAUCUCAAAGCUCGAGAAACGCUUGCCCUGACCGGAAGAUUACCCUUCUGCUGGUUGUGGACACUGUUCUGCCCCGGAACGAAGGUCUUUGCAAAAACCUUCAUGGACGAGAUCCAGAUGCUGGAGGUCUUUACAUGCGACUUGCCUAAAUUAGGCGAUUCUGUCUGGACAGAAAAAGAGUUCGAAGUCAUUUGCCUCGGACUCGACUGGAACGGGUCUAGUUUCGAACCAGUCCAAUACACUUUCACGCUGAAGAAGAAAAAGGACACCGGUGAGCAAACGGACGAGGCCGUGGACAUGCUCGAGGUUUACCCUAUCUCAUAUCACAAGAAUCACGAGGAAGCGCGUGCCGGGCUGGUGAAGCGCGGCGAGUCUUUCUGGAGCAUCUACAAUCAUGAGGCUCGAGGUUUCCAAUUCCAAUACAGCGGUGGCGUUCUCGCCAGCGCUGCUAGUAAAAUCGGAUUUUCACCAAUGCUGUCAAAGCGAGAUACCGACGACGGUGACGACGCCAGGUCCACCGUCUCGGGAUCGGAGAAAACUUAUACGAAUGAGCCCAGCCGCAAAGACUAUCACGGUCAGAUCAUUGUCGAUGCACAUUCGUUUUUGCGCAUCUUGGACGAGAUUACACCGCCUCUCGGUACCAUAGCCGCGACCUAUUUCGAUGACUCCGAAUGCACAUGUCGUGCAUGUUUAAACCAGACUACACUUCAUUGGUAUUGGAAUUGGCUUUGUUCAUCUACAUCUCCACGUAAGCUGUUUGAGGAGUUUCGGAAGGACGAAAAUCGACUCGCCAUGUGUCCGCCGCGCGUGCUCGGCUACAUUCUCAAAGAGAAAGUUUGGGCGCAAUUCAAACUCAAACUUUGCAAGGGAGGCAAGAAUCAGGAUGGCGAAGGCAAAGAUUUCUUCCGUGACCAGCUCCAACUCGGUCAAAAUUUCAAGGACAUUCUCCUUGCAUGUGUCAACAACCAUGACUCAUCACGAUCUAAUCGACACGGUGUUUUUGAGAAAACACAAGAUGGUGUUCCCGGAUCCCUCGAUGUCAUUGAGGGGAAAGGCAAGGGCCUUGCGAUCUUACUCCAUGGACCACCUGGCGUUGGCAAGACCCUCACGGCUGAGACGAUCGCGCUCGCGACAGAGCGACCAUUGCUCGCUGUCUCUGUAGCCGAUAUCGGGUCCGAGGCGGCUGAAGCAGAAGGCCGGCUGAAAGCCACUUUUGCGAUAGCAGCACGCUGGGGUGCGAUUCUACUCAUCGAUGAAGCCGAUGUAUUCCUUGAGGAACGCGUGCACACCGACAAUCCGAACCGGAACAUGCUUGUUUCGGUACUACUCCGCUGCUUAGAGUAUUACGAAGGCAUUAUCUUCUUGACCACGAACCGGAUCCGAUCAAUUGACAUCGCAGUGCAAUCGCGCAUGCACUUCACGAUUCAGUACAAGCGCUUAACCCCACCCCAGAAGGUGAAAAUUUACAAGAAUUUGCUUGACAAAGUCAGCGAUAGGAAGAUCGCGGGCACUCGGUCGAAACUUUACAGUUCAAUCGAGAAGCAGUUGUGCCGGCGCAACGAGAUGAAUGGCCGACAGAUCCGCAACAUCGUUUCAAUGGGGUUGGCCCUCGCCAAUGAUCGUGGUGAUCAAGGUGAAGGAGAUGCACGUCUUACGAUGGACGAUCUUCUGUCCAUCUAUGAGAUGACGUUGGACUCCCUUUUGAGCCUCAAAGACGUCACGGCCAAAGCUCAGCAGAGAAACGAGGCUGAGGAAGACACGGAGCUGAAUUCAUAG